AUGGACGCGACAAUGGGAUCAUUGCAAUCCACCAAAAUUCACGUCAUCAGCAUUCCGUGGAUUUUGCGUCCAGUCUCUAGCUGGUUGACCUUCAACAAUGUUCUGAGAUAUUUCGGACUGAUGCUUAUAAUUUGCCCAUUACUUCUGGUUGCUUACAAUUACUAUCUACAUCCAAUUGCGCAUGUAAAAGGUCCAUUCAUUGCGGCGAUAUCUCCGAUUUGGCUCAUGCGUUCUGUCUCUGGACAUCGACUAAAUACUGAUAUAGAAAAAAUCCAUGCAAAAUACGGAUCUGUUGUGCGCAUCGGACCUAACGAAAUAUCAUUCGCUACCGAGGAUGCUCUCAAAACAAUACACAAUCCCGGACCCAGUGGUGGUCAUUUCACCAAGCAGGGUACGAUUGAAUCACUACUAGCAAAGCUUAUCUGGGCGGCGCCCAACCUGUUGACGACGACGGACAGAACGGCACACAAGCGACUCCGCACUGCACUACAGCCAGCGUUCACUGCCAAAGCUCUUAUGGAGCAAGAAGAUAUAGUCCAAUAUCAUGUCAAUGGAGCAGUAGAGGCGUUGGGUAAAGCCUUGAAACCAGGCAAUGCUGUCAAUAUCAGCGAUCAUUUUGCAAGAAUGAUUUGGAGUAUUGUUGGGGACUUGUCCUUUGGGGAACCAUUACUACACGACCAGAUGAGUGCAUACGAAAAGUUGAAGUAUACAUAUGGCAAAGGCGCACCACUCUUGGAAUUGUUCCAAUUCUUCACGGAAAUACCUAUAUUCGGGGGCCUUGCUAAGCUUCCCGUCAUGAUUGUACUAUACAUUUUUAGAGUUCCCAAGAACUUUCUGUUGAUGAAUCAACUUAGAGGGCAAGUCAAGUCUAAGGACACUGGGUCCCUACCUAAACUCUAA